GGUGUUUGGGUCAAUAUACUCAAAGUUCUAAAGGAAAAAGAAUGACUAGGCCAACUUUCAACACCAUUCUUUUUUUUUUUCUUUUUUUUUUUUUUUUGGUUUUCAGAGUUUCUGUGUAGCCCUGGCUAUCCUGGAACUCACUUUGUAGACCAGGCUGUCCUUGAACUCAGAAAUUCACCUGCCUCUGCCUCCUGAGUGCUGGGAUUAAAGGAGUGCGCCACUCGAUACCAUUCUUAAAACUCUGGAAUCAUGGCCCUAGCUUACAAGCCAUACAAACACUUGUGUUACAAAUGUAUGUUGUUUUGGCAGUAAUACAUUGACAAAGUCGGUCUCCCUACAAACAUACUGUAUUAUGUGCAUGUCUCAUGGAUCACUCAUAUCACAAACACAUACAAUUAAGGACAUAAUUACCUUCAUGGUAAUUAUUAGUCAUAUUUUUAGUCAUAGCUCUGCCCCCCCCCCACUCUGCCAAGAUCCCACUGUUCAUGUGUGUGUGUGUGUGUGUACAUUCAUCCAGUACUGCUUUGCAUACACUACAAUGGAGCAUUCAUUUUGUGCCUUGGCCGACUACACCAGAGAAUACACAUUCAGUGACAUCUUGCUGAUGCUGUGCUUGCUAGUACUGCCAAGGCGAGUGUGUGGCCUUUCUUUCCAGCUCUCUGCAGAGAUGCUGGGGACCCCACUGCAAUCCCUAUAACCCAAGGGAACCCAAGUUUCCCAAGGAGUAGUAGCAGCAGCAUGAGCCAGCUGUCACAAGCCUGCUGUGAGUGUAAAAACAGCAGCAUCUCUCAGCUACCCUACAUAGGUCGGCUGCAUUUAAACAGCCUUUAAGGCUUCAAACAAGCUGAGUAAAAGGACAAUUAAAUUGGUGAGUAUAGCCUUUUGAACAAGACCAGAAAAUCUGUUAAGAGAUGUGUUACCAAAAACGUUGACUUCAGAUUCCAGUAAAUGACAGGUGCUAUUAUCUAAACAGAAAUGGUAACAAUUUUAGUAAGGCAGAAAAACUAUGGUGCCAGAAGGUCUGACAACUUUUGUUUUGUGAGACAGGGUUUCUCUGUGUAGCCCUGGCUGUCCUGGAACUCACUCUGUAGACCAGGCUGGCCUCGAACUUAGAAAUCUGCCUGCUUCUGCCUCCUGAGUGCUGGGAUUAAAGGUGUGCACCACCACUGCCCAGCAAAAGUUAACAUUUUUAAAUGUUGCAAAAAAAAACAAAAACAAAAACAAAAAACAAGCAGAUUUUCAUAAACAUUUAUUUGAAUAAAGUUUUAUGGGGAAAAUACAAAAGCAGUAGCAAAAGAAAGAAAUAUGAGAAUGGUUCUGUACUUCAAUGGACCAUGAUAGACAAAUGUUUUAAUAUAUUGCAUCCAUUAUGCAACUUAAAGGUGGCGAUAUAAAAGCAGUAAUGAUAGACUUUCAGUGUGAUAGCAAAAAUCAGUAUCUUUUCAACUAAGCAUUUAAAAUUUUUAGUUAUACACAAGCAAAACAAAUCUUUUAGCUAGUGUAACUGUCACAGUGCAACCCAUUAUGACAUCUAACUAACAUGCUCAUUAAGAAAAACUACUUUAGGGCUGGUGAGAUGGCUCAGUGGGUAAGAGCACCCGACUGCUCUUCGGAAGGUCUGAAGUUCAAAUCCCAGCAACCACAUGGUGGCUCACAACCAUCUGUAACAAGAUCUGACGUCCUUUUCUGGAGUGUCUGAAGACAGCUACAGUGUACUUACAUAUAAUAAAUAAAUCUUUAAAAAAAAAAAAGAAAAGAAAAACUACUUUAGCCUGGUGGGUGGUGGUGGUGCACGGCUUUAAUCGAAACACUGGGGAGGUUGAGGCAGAUAGGAUCUCUGAAUUUGAGGCCAGCCUGGUCUACAGAGUAAGUUCUAGAACACCCAAGGCAGAGAAACCCUGUCUUGAGAAACUGAAAAGCAGGCAAGCAACUUUAGAUUUAGUACCUCAAGAACAAAACCAAAAACUAAAGCCUUUGUGCGCCUGGACUGUAUCACAUUUGUAUCACCAUGAGAAGUCAAGGGUAACACCAAACAGACUCAUGUUUGCUUUAGUGUUUCCAUCUACUUGGCAAGUCAAGACCCCUCUCUGGACCCUGUGUUCUCAUCUCGAAAGUGAUGUAAAUGUACAUAUAUGUAUAUAUGUUUUUAAGAUUAUUUAUGGGCUGGUGAGAUGGCUCAGCAGGUAAGAGCACCAACUGUUCUUCCAAAGGUCCUGAGUUCAAAUCCCAGCAACCACAUGGUGGCUCACGAUCUGAUGCCCUCUUCUGGUCUGAACAUAGCUACAGUAUACCUAUUUAUAAUAAAUAAAGUCUAGCCUCGAACUCAGCAAUCUACCUGCCUCUGCCUCCAAAGUGCUGGAAUUAAAGGUGUGCACCACCACGCCUGGCUAAAUAAAAUCUUUUAAAAACUUAUUUAUGAAUAUAUUAUAUGCCUACAGGCCAGAAGGGAGCACCAGAUCUGAUUAUAGAUGGUUAUAAGCUACCAUGUGGUUGCUGGGAAUUGAACUCAGGAUCUCUGGAAGAGAGCAGCCAGUGCUCUUAACUUCUGAGCCGUCUCUCCAGCCCUGAAGUGGAUUGCUAAUGAUCUAGCUCACUGGGGAUGUAGCUCAGCGAUUGUGUGCAUCCUAGUAUACGUAAAACCCUAAGUCAGUAAUUUUGGCCAGGUAAGACCAGCAUAUUUGAACAUUGACAGCCACCCGCCUGGGAUCUUGCUUCAAAAAACCAACCAAAAACUCAAGCUGCUGGGAAGUCAGUGGUUAGUACAAUAUUAAGUUAUGAUCAAGUUAACUAUGAAUAUAAUCCAAGGACAGAAGUCUGUGAUUCUGGGGCCAGAAAGAUGGCUCAAUGGUUAAAAGCACUUGGGGGUAUUAAUUCCAGUUCCAAGAGACGCUACAACAUCCACUAGCCUCUACAGGAACCAGGCAGGCAUGCAGGAUAUACAUACAUGUAGUCAAAAUGCUUAAUACACAUACAAUACAAGGUUAAAAAGAAACCAAAUUUUCAGGAUCUCCUCCCACUUUUCCUCAACGUGGUGCCAGAGAUUGCAGGUUGUUUUCAAGCUCAUUACCAUCACCAUGUGCAAUGCUGGCUAUCAGAACCCGGAACUUCAUACAUGCUAAGCAGGUACUCCUGCCAGCUGAGCCUCAUCUCUAAACCCACAGGACAGCCAUGUUGAGAUCAGAGCUAGAGACCAACAGCCCCGUUGAAACUUUUACAGGAGUGCUUUAACACUGAGUCUUUUAAUCCGAUUGGUGAUGCUUAACUGAUGGUUCUGUUCUUGUGGGAUUAUCAAAAAACCCUCAAAUAUAAAACAGACUAUCUCUUCAGAGUAAGCUCAAAAAAGAAAAGUUUUUAGGGCAUCUCUACAUGAGGCCCAUCAAUCUUAUGACGUGAGCUAAUUACGGUGCUUUCUUGUAUUUGAGCAGGGGGGGGGGGGGGGGAUCAGGACAGGGUUUCUCUUCUAUAGCCCUGGCUGUCCUGGAACACAUUCUGUAGACCAGGCUGCCCUCUGCCUCUCAAGUGCAGGGAUUAAAGGCAUGUGCCACCACCACCUGGCUACAAAUUUGUGUAUAUAUAUUACUCUCAACUUCUUGGGAAACUUCUUCUUCAAGAAGUCAUGGGAAAACCGAGACAGGUGCCCCACUGCCUUGCAAAGCUUACAGACAAUGAAGACAAGAGGAAACCACUAGGCAAUGAGCUUUAGGGACAGGGACUAAGCUGACUAAACAGAUAUCACCAUUUGAAUUUUAAAACAACAAACACAUAAGCUUUUAAAUGUCUAACUUUGCUUCCAUACAAAACUGGAAUCUGCUUAUAACAGUGACCAUCUUUAAAUACUGCUGUUGAAGAGAUUAGGCUGAGGGGAUGCUGGCUGCUAUCAGCUGAAGUCUUACAGAGGGCGGCAAACUAAGAAAAGCAAUGGGCUACAUUCAAAUCUAAACCAUUCCUAGCUCAGGACUGAUCUUCACAUAAAGGCACGAGGACUGAGUUCUGAUCACUCAGUUUUCCUUCUAGGCACCACAUGGCAGUUAAGUCCUCUAAUUUUGUGACCCUCUCUCUCCUCAGUGUGUCCCAGAAAUGUGAAAAUCCUGCAAGAACUGGCCCACCAGUCUUCAGACCCCCUCCUCUUAGCCCCUGCCUCAAUGGCUACAGAGCCACAAGCAUGAUGCCUCUCCUGGGGCUGGUCUUGUGUGCUGUGAAUCCAAAUGCUGAGUUGUGUCCAAGUUCAGGUUGCAGUCUGGACAUAGGUGCUGCAUUGGCCAAUGUGCUGUCAAGAAUGCUCUCCCAUAAUCUCUGCCUGGAUGAUAAAAGGCUAGAAGCUGUGACUGGGCAGGAGAGGAAGGCAGGGCUUGACAUGGAGUAGAGGACCUCAGUAGGAAUCACUAGGGGGAAAGGCAGGGAAGAUGACAACCAUGAGGCAGGGUGGACGAUCAAGAGCAAACUCAGCAAGACUCAGUUGGCAACGUUCACAGGGCCUAUGGCUGGGCUGUGUUAUAAAUUCCUUAGGAGCCUGCCCAUUUAAGCUUAUAACUUGUUAAUAAAAAUACCAGGUUUGUCUUUUUUAUUCAGGAACUAUAUGGGCUGGAUGGAGAGGGGAGAAACCUCCCCAUAAAAUUACUUCUAUUCUACCAAUCAACAGCUAUUGUCACAAACAAAAAUAUUAUCAGAGGAUGUACAGAUGUGUCUCAUUUACUGUGGGAUUCACACACACACACACCCUCCAAAAAAAAAAACCCACGGGUGGAAAAUAUAGAUGAAAUGCAUUUACCUUACCUUACUGCCAAACAGCAACAGAAUGCCAGCUACCAGAUGGGAUCACCAACAGGGAGCUGUAGCUCACUCAGGAGAUUCCUGCUAGAGCACACCUGCACCCUCAAACCAAAACACUGGUGGGAUAAGGAUACACCAGCGCAGAGUGUUUGCCUACUAACGUAAAGCUCUGCCUUUAUUAUCAGUACCACAUCCAACAGCCCUGGCUGCAACGCCUAGAAUGUCAGCACUUAGAAGGAUGGCGCAGGAGCAGCACAGCUCAGGUCAUUCCUGUCUACAUAGGUGAGCUCUAGACCAGCUGGAGCUACAGGAGGCUUAGAAAAAAAAUAAUCAAUUGGUUGAAAAAGUGUAGCACUCUUACAAUCUUGGGAUUUUCAUUUACAAAUUCUAGUCACAGCCAGGGCUUAGUGGAACACAUUUUUUUUUUUUUUUAAAGUGGAACACAUCUUUAAUCCCUGUGCUCUGGAGGGAUUAAACUCAGUGGGUCUCUGAAUUUGAGGCCAGCCUGAUCUACAUGUCCAGGACAGCAAGGGAUACCAGUGAGACCCUGUCUCAAAAAUAAAAUAAAAUAAAAACAUGUACUAUUGAAUAACUACAUUAGUACUUCAGCAGGGCACUGGAGCUGUGAUCCAAGCACUUGGCAAGUCGAGGUAGGAGAGUUCAACAGUAUCCUAGACUACAAAGUAAAUUUCGGGACAACCUGGGCCACUAGACCCUGCCUCGACAGGGUGGGGAGGGCAUGCAGGGCACUGAGAGAUGGCUCAGCAGCUAAGAGAACUCUUACCUCGGGUGAGGACUUCAGGUCAGUUUGUAGCACCCACAAGUCAACUCACAACCAUCUGUAACUCCUGUACCAGGGCAUUCCGAGGCUGACCUGGGGCACCAGGCACACAUGUGGUACACGUGCACACAUGUAGGUAAUACCCUCAUAAAAUCGAUAGGGCCAGAAGUUAAAAGCACUUGUUGCUCUCGCAAAGGACCCAAGUUCAGUUGCAAACACCCAAUGCUUUUCUGCCCAAAGGGCACUAGACACACCCAUCGUGCACAUGCAUUCACACAGGUAAGAUAUUCAUACACAUAACUAAUAAACCUUAUAUAUUUUUAAUCUAAAAAUUUCACUUCUUAAAACACUUGUGGUCUAGAGUGUAGCUUAGUGAUACAGCACUUUUCCACAAGGCCCAGGGCUCAAUCUCCAGCAGAGGAAGAAAAUAAAACCAAUCUUGAACUACUGAAUAUGUGCCAGGCAAAGGCUUUAUGAACCUGAAAUCCUCUAACACUUGGGAAGUGCAACAGGGUGACCAGAAGCUCAAUGAGGCAGGAGAAGAUCAGGGUAAGAGUACUUGCUGCUUUGAGGACCAGACUCAGUUCCCAGCACCCACACAGCUUCUCACAACGAUCUUGAACUCCAGUUCCAGGGGAUAUGACACCCUCGUCUGGCCUCUGGGCACCAAGUACAUAAAGGGUAUACAGAAAUACUUGUAAGAGAAUACUGAUACAGCUGGGCAUGGUGCACGCCUUUAAUCCCAGCACUCAGAAGGCAGAGGCAGGCGGAUUUCUGAGUACGAGGCCAGCCUGGUCUACAGAGUGAGUUCUAGGACAGCCAGGGCUACACAGAGAAACCCUGUUUCAAAAAAACCAAAAAAAAAAAAAAAAAGAAUACUGAUACACACGGGCUAAAAAAUGUCUUUGUUUUAAACAUAAAGACUAGACUAGGGUAUAUAGUAAGUUUGAGACUAGCCUAAGGUAUAUGGGACAACCUACAAAAUUUUGUUCUAAUUUGGAUAUAUCUCUCAUCCUAUUUAGCUGGAUUAGUGUGUGUGUGUGUGUGUGUGUGUGUGUGUCUCUCUCUCUCUCUCUCUCUCUCUCUCUCUCUCUCUCUCUCUCAUACACACACAGAAUUGAAAUUAACAAGACUGCACAUGGAAAGAAAAAUCAACUUUAUUGUAUAUAUAAUAUGAAGUUGUUUAUAUAGAAAUCACUUAUUUCAGAAGUUUAUUAAUGAACACUAUCAUUUAUUGAGGUACUGUGCUAGAUAAUCACCCCCUAUAUUGUACUGACUUACUCCACACAAUCUUGAUAAAUUUAUCCCUGUUGGAAAUAAAAAAAAAUGAAGUUUAAGAGAUUAAACAAUGUAUAAAAUAUAGCACAAUUCCAGACCAGAUGCAAAUGCAAAGCCUUUUCCUUCUUGUUUCCUGUGCCUGGUGCAUGCGCAUCACAGCAAACAUUCAGGAGUUAGAGAACAACUUUGUAGGGUCAGUUAUUUCCUUCCACCUUUCCAUGGGCUUUACUGUGGCGAACAGACACCAUGACCAAGGCAAUUCUUAGAAGGACAAUAUUUAAUUGGGGCAUGCUUACAGGUUCAGAGGUUCAGUCCAUUAUCAUCAAAACAGGAGCCUGGCAGCAUCCAGGUAGGCAAGGUGCAGCUGAGAGUUCUUUAUCUUCAUGUGAGUGAAGGCUGCUAGCAUAAUACUGGCUUCCAGGCAGCUAGGGUGAGGGUCUUAAAGCCCAUGGCCAGUGACACACCUACUCCACCACACCUCCUAAUAGGGCCACUCCCUGAGCCAAGCAUAUACAAACCAUCUCACAAGACUCCAGGAAUUGAACUCAGUUUACCAGGCUUGCUAAAAGCAAGCUCUUUUAUAUGAUGAGCCAUCUGACCAGCACUUCACCUUGUUUCCUGAAAUGGUCACUUUAUUUAGGCUCCAGCGGCUGGCCAGCCAAACACUAGCAGUGCAGCAUACAACUUUUAGGUGGGUGUUGCAGAGCUACAAGUCCUCAAGCUAGCAAACACUGAGUCAUCUCCCCAGCCCACAAAGUCUUAACUACAAUAUAAAAUACUGGCUCCACUGUUCAUGAAUACCAACCACUACCACUCCCAGAACGGCCCUUUUGUCCUUUUCCUAACUCAACACAGAGAACACCAAAACAUAGGUGAGUCAAACAUGACUUCACAGCAGCUCCAUUCAAGGGGGAUUCUGCUGUAGUAGAAAUGCUCUGUGGUAUCCGUCCUGCCAUUUGUACCUGUGUGACUUAGCUACUGAAGUGGACCACACAGAUCUAGAGAAAUCACAGAAAUAGACAUUCCAGAGGACCAAGUAGCUUAUGAUGGCAACUUACCACCAAUAAAAGUAACAACUCAAUGUAGAUGUCACCCAACUAAAACUCCAUUUGCACACCUUCUCUUCAAGAGUCUGUUUCCAUACCAUCUUUAGUGUACCACAGCACAUCUGUAGACUAGAAACUAUGCACUACAUUCUCACUGUCACUCCCCAGUGCAUCUUUAAGAGCAAGGCUAAGCCGGACGUGGUGGCGCAUGACUUUAAUCCCAGCACUCGGGAGGCUAAGGCAGGCAGAUUUCUGAGUUCGAGGCCAGCCUGGUCUACAAAGUGAGUUCCAGGACAGCCAGGGAUAUACAGAAAAACCCUGUCUCAAAAAAACAACAACAACAACAACAAAAGAGCAAGGCUAAACACAUGCAUACACAAAUGUGUGCACACAUUAACAUGCAAACAAGCGCACACAUGUGCACACACACACACAACCUAUAACCUAUACCUAGAUUCACUUUUCCAUUCAGCUCUAGUGAGAAAAAUCAUCUUAGGUGCCCCAGCCUUAACUCUUCAACUACAAAUUCACUGUAAGCUGUUAAGCCUUUCAAGUACCAGCAGUUCACAAAAGCUCACUCAAGCUUACAGAGGGUAAGGGUUACAAAAUACAAAACAAAGUAACCUACAUUUAGGGGUAGUCUUAUUUUCAUUGAUAGGUGGAGUGAUUGUCUAGCAGGGGAGGACACCCUGGAUUAGAUCUCCAGCACCCUAUAAACUGGGGUGGUGGUGGGGUGGUGGUAAUGUACACCUGUAAUCCAAGCACUUGGGAGGUGGAAGCAGGAUCCCGAAGCUUCAAAGUUCAAGGUCAUCUUUGACAACAGAGUUUCAAAGCCUGUUCAGGCCACCUGAACCGUAGUGGGGGGGGGGGGGUGUUUGUUAAGAGGGAACAGGCAUCACAAAGUUUACAAAGUGUGGCAGACGGUACCAACACUCCCAGGCAAGGACAGGCCCAUAUAUGAAGUCCCAGGCAAAACCAUCUCACAAUGUUUUUUAAAAAGACACUGGGCAUGGUGGCGCCAUGCAAAAACCAAAGAGGAAACAAAAGAAGAAAAGAAGAACAAGGUUCCCAGUGGCAAAGAGCCUGUGAUAUAAUAAACAAAAUAAGCCGGUGAUACCAGCACACAUCUUUAAUCCCAGCACUUAGGAGGCAGAGGCAAGCGGAUUUUUCUGAGUUCAAGUCCAGCCUGGUCUACACAGCAAACUCCGGAACAGUCAGGGUUGUUACACAGAGAAACCUGAUCUCUAAAAACCAAAAACAAACAAGUACAAAAUAAUCUAUGGUGUCCCAUGUAUUACUUAGAAGGUCAAAGAGAGUGGAGAGAUGGCUCAGUGGAUAAGAGCACCCGACUGCUCUUCCAAAGGUCCCAAGUUCAAAUCCCAGCAACCACAUGGUGGCUCACAACCAUCCGUAACGAGAUCUGACUCCCUCUUCUGGUGUGUCUGAGGACAGCUACAGUGUACUUACCAAUAAAUAAAUCUUAAAAAAAAAAAAAAAGAAAAAGAAAAAGAAAAAAGAAAGGUCAAAGAGAACUGGGAAGAGAGACUAAGAUUCACCUACAUUACUAACAGCAGAGUCUCUAUCUUUUGUUUAUAUCAGUAAGCAAAAACCAGUCCUAGAAAUAAUUCUAUAGAUAAAAGUUUACAAUGGACAUGGUGGUCUACUGCUUUAAUCCCAGGCACGUGGGAGGCGGAGACUGUCACAGAUAUGUAAUGAGAAUUUGUCAAUGAAUGAAUGAAUGAACAAAUAAAACAUUUCUAUGAAAAUUUCACACCAGUUAAAGCUGGGUGGUAACCUAAAUUAUGUAAUGUUAGCUACCUGUGGGAGAAACUUAGCAAGACCUUAUCUCAAAAUAAAAAGUAAAAGAACUAGGAUUUAUCUCAGUACCAUACACUAGCCUAAUACACACAAGGCCUAUGUUCAAUCCCCAGUACCAAUCAUCUCACAGUGUAAAUGCCAUAGCUUUCUUCAUCCCUCAUUCCUCUGGACUCUGAUGGCACCUGCACUUGCACAUGUUCACAUCCAAACACAUACUGUGGUGGUGUCCCCACAGGACAUGUAGUUCAACAGUGGUCACACUGGUGGUGCUGUUUGAGAAAGUUCUGAAUCCUUCUGGGUUAGAGUCUUACUGGAUGAAACAUGUGUUGGGGGCAAGCUUUGAGUCUCCCCCUCACCUCCAGCUUGCUUUCUCUGUGUGACUGAGAUGUGAUCUGUCAGCUUCCUGUUCUGCCAUUCAGCGCCCUGAUUCCCUGAUGUGUCUCCCCUGCUGCCGGAAACUCUACCUCUGGAACCCUAAGCCAAAAUAAAUUUUCUUCCUUUAGUUCUGGUCAUGGUAUCUUAUCACAGCAACAGGAAAGUAACGGACAUAUAUAUACAUACACAUAAUUAAAAAUAAAUCCUUCUUUAAAAUCCACAGACCAGGGGCUGGGGAGAUGGCUCAGUGGUUAAGAGCACCCAACUGCUCUUCCAAAGGUCCGGAGUUCAAAUCCCAGCAACCACAUGGUGGCUCACAACCAUCUGUAAUGAGAUCUGACUCCCUCUUCUGGUGUCUGAAGACAGCUACAGUGUACUUACAUAUAAUAAAUAAAUAAAUCUUUUUUAAAAAAAAUCCACAGACCAGAGAUGAUUCAGUGAUGCAAAUUCCAAAGAAUCCAAUGCCCUCUUCUGGACUACAGAGGUGACAGGUGCCCAAGCACAUAGUAUGCAGAAGUCCUUUAAAUAUAUUUUAAAUUAUAUGUGUACAUACAUAUAUAUAUGUGUUUAUAUUCUACAGACACACAUAUACACACACUCACUCAAAGCUGAACAUCAGAAGCCUGCAGACUUGGAGACUAGAUAAGUGAUCUUACUGUACCUUGUUUAAUAACGAUUAAAAAAACAAUUGCCAGCCAACUUUCUCAUCACAAUCAGAUUAUUCAUGAUAAAGGUCAGAACAGUUUACUUUUCAAAGACUGAAUCAGACCUCAGGGGAAGUAAUUAUCUUCUUUGACUCUCCUUUUACAGUUAAGGUUGAGCCCUUAAAGGAAAAAAAAAAACUGACUUAAUCAACUAAUUAAUUACUCACCGAUUGACUUCAGCUAGUUAUCUGAUCCCAUCCUAAUCCAUCUAGGAACUGGAACAACCUAGAACGGAGCCAGCUAUUAACUACUCCACUUAGAGACUUAUUUCCCGCCUACUGUCAGGCCAGGCUUGUGCUCUGCACUGCCACUAGUCGGCACUGACAGCCUCUACCGGUGUAUGGCUGCUUCUUCACUGGGGCUUAAAAGUCUAGUUCUUGGGGAACACCAACCACACCAGGACAUUUAGCAAUCCAAGAAGAGCUGGAGCCUGCCAGCCAAGUAGCUAGACACCGGGAAGCACCUUGGAAACAGAUUCAGCAGCCACAAUAACCUGACUGGAAGACCCUGUCACAGAGCCUCUCUCUCAGCUCACUACUCCGAUACCUGACCACAAAAACUACAUGAGAAACAUAUGCCUUACUAUUAUCUUAAUGUUGGCCUGGUUUACAGCAGCAAAAAUGAAUGUUUCCUCAGACUGGGAUCCCUAUUUCAUUUGGGUCAUGAAGUAAAUGCAAGACAGUUCCAUCAAUUUUACAGAUAACAUGCAUCUUUCAUUCUGGCACUAGGGAAGAAAAGCCAAAGGGCCCAACAAUCCAGAGAACAUGGCAAGUUCCAGGCCCACCUGGGCUAUAUGAGACCCUUCUCAAAAAAUAAUAAAAAGGGCUGGAAAGACAGCUCAGGUUAGGAGUGCAGACUCCUCUUGCAAACAACAACUCAGUUCCCAGCACCCACAGCAAGUAGCUAACUACUAUUCCCUAACUUAAGCUCCAGAGAUUUGACACCUCAGACUUCAGUGAGCGCACAAAAAACAAACAUAGAGAAUUUAAGAUGUGGCUCAGCAGGGCAGAGUCGCCUGUGCAAGCCUAAUGACCUGAGUUUGAUCCUCACAACCCUACAGAGCCCUAAAUGUGGAUGGACCCGAAGCAUUCCUCUGCUUUCCAAACAUGGGCUGCAGCACACCCCCAUGCAUGCCACACAGUAUUUUUAAAAGGCAUUCAUUCCUUAGCAUUUCAGUGAGUUCUCACAGAUUUGCAUGCCCUUAACUACUGCGGCUCUCUGAAGCAUAGGGAAUUCAUCUCGAAGGACAGUGAUGUAACCAACCCCUAACUGGUAGGUAGUUCCUAACACUUCUAUGAUACAGCCAAUGAAAUAAAUAUAACAGUCUUAAAAUUACUUGGUUUUGUGUCUGCUCUAUUUGUGGGGUUUGUUGUUUUUUGUUUUAAGACUGGAUCUUGUUCUGUAACCCUGACUGGCCUCAAACCCACAGCAACGCUGCUGCCUCAACCUGACAGCUGAUUACAGGUAUGUGCCAUAUUUGGCUAAAAUGUAUCUUUCCCAACAUAUGUUUAUUAUAUAACAGAGGGCAUGAGACAGGCAUGCUAGCAUAGCCUUUUGAUCCCUGCACUCAGGAAGCAGAAGCAGAUCUCUAAGUUCAAGGCCAGCUGGGUCUACACAGUCCAUUCCAGGACGUUCAGGACCAUACAGAAAGACCCCAUCUCAAAGCACUAAAGGGCAUGGCAUGCCACAUACACUCUGAAGUCCAACAUGCAAAAGCAUACCAUUGUCCUAAUUUAAGAGGUUACUCAACAGGACACCCUUCAUGACAUCUAGUGGAAGGCAGCACUGGAUUCUAGUCACCUUUAUGACCAAGCUCUUCCUGUUAACUUUUCUUACCAAUGUCUAAAGGAAAUUCUACCUCCAACCUUAGCACACACAAUUCACCAAGUUUUCACCAAAACCAUGGGUUUAAAGGGUAAGUACUGAACUACUAAUUUUUUUGUUCACUGUCCCUGUCACACUGGAACUAUUCUCUUCAAAACAUGCAAAUAAAUGCCUGGUUUUAUGGCAGUAUCUCUGCACAACAGAAACCAAAUCUUUAAUCUACAUACAAGACUCCACAGAAUACUCAUAACUUUUUUUUCCUGAUAAAUCCACUCAGAUUGUUAGUAUUGUUUAAAAUAAAACUAGUUUGAGCUCCCAAUUUACUAGAUGUAUUUUCAAAAUACCAAAUCAGCAAUAAACUGACAAGUUUCUAUCCAACUUGGGGCAGGCAUGACUCUGUGUCAAGCAGACUUCCUAGAGAGGGAAGGAGUGUCCUUGGCAUUGUCCUGGCCUGCACUAACUGAUCCUUCUCUGCAAGGGCUGCUCUUCCCUAGCCUUCCCAUGUGAACGCUUCCACUUAGACACGGUAGGAGAAAACACACGGAGCCCAUACAGUCCCCUUAAGCUACUAAGCCACAAUGGGGACUAAAAACCCAAAUACCCUGCACAUCUGGUGAGUCAAGCAGGCUGGCCUAUGACUUCAAACUAGCUAGCAGCAAAACAGCCCAGUUCCAAUCUGAGCAGCAGCUCCUAUGGAGACCAAGAUGCUCUAGACAACAUAUUGCUCCAGCAGGUCCUGAGGGAACAGGGAUAUGUGCUCUUAGCACAAGUCUUUAGAACCAGAGUAAGAGCUUACCACCAGGUUGUUUCUGUGAAACUGUUACAAAGUGCUGACAAACUAUUCCUUAAGACUCAGAGAGAUGGUAUGUGGUACACCCUUAUAAUCUAAUCCCAGCAUCCCAAAGGAAAUAGAAUUGUGACAAGUUCCAAAGCAGCCAAGAGUUGCAUAGCUUUUGACAUUCUGUCUCAAAGACGUCCUUCCAUCAAACCACCUUCACAAAGAACUCCACAAUCUCAACUUGAAAGAACGAAGAACCUAAAAACCUUAACCAUGACUCUCUCUACACAACAAAUCACAUUCAUGUUGGUCUCUUUCUAAAGGAAAUAGAGCAUUCCAGUGUGAAGGACAGCACUGCUGUUUUACUGAUAAUGCCCUAGAACUCGCAGGUCACGGUCAGGACUCGUUUGUGGACGCAGACGUUUAAGCACUCUACAAGCCAUUCAUCUAGCUGAUCAAAGGCUAGGAAAGUUCAAGGCAGGUAUCCACGGGAUCUGUUACUCACACUGGGCAACACUACAGCUACACAGAUGUUUACAUCCUCGAAGAAAUUAGUCAUCAGUAGGUGUACAUACAACUGGAUUGCUAAGCACACUCACUCGAGGUUUCUAGGACGCACAGUCAGUGUACAGCAUUGUGCUAGGAGUCUGACUUUCAAAACCAAACGGGUUUGGCAUCAAGGUCCUUACAGACUUCUGUGCUGGCAAGCCAAGUGUUAGCUGCCAGCACUUAUUUACAAACAAGCGUAAAAUCUAAGCUAUGUAAAGUAAACCACUAACUCAAGCACGCAAAAGGGAUAAAACUGUACUACCUGAAGCACAACUUCUAGCAAAAGGGAAACAUAAAAGGUCAACUUUAAACCCUUAAGAAGGUUCAAUCAGGGCAUUCCAAUUCCCCCGCCAUGUUACCUGUUUCAGAAUCUCCCUUUAACACACCCCACAGGAUGGCAACUCUUGACUCUACUCCACUAGAUCCUCAAGAGACCAAAAGUCAACCAGAGUAUCGUCCUGUCCAAAUGCACACAGCGCAAAGCACCACAAAGCUUAACGCGCAGGGAAGUAUCCCACUCAAUCCUAACGGAAACAGCUUAGCCUACAAGUCGCCUAUGCAACGCAGCAAGCACCUCGACCUCGCAACACAGGACAUGCAACGAUAGCUACUUCUGUAUGACUUUCAGCCAGCACCGAUCAACAACAGCCCAACUCCGUAUCUUCGGACGAAUAGCUAACCCGGAGCAGUCCAAGGACAAAGGCAGAGAGAGCCAAGAGAUGUCAAGCAUCUCUUGACAGGAGAACGGGCAUGCGUCUCCCUCUGCACCCCUGAAAAGACCGUCUGCAGCGGCAGGACUGGUCCUACCUAAACACUCUGUAAACAAGGGGGCCGGGCCGCCAGCCUCCGGGCCCGGCCGCUGAGAAGUUUCCUCGCCUCAGCUGCACAUGGCUUGCAGAACUUUGGCUGGGGCCGCGAGCCCAGGCUGGGUGGAAGCCGCAGCGCCGAGCUGCAGGCGGCGGCAGCAGCGGCGGCGGCGGCGGCGACGGCGGCAGAGCAGCAGGAGGCGGAGGCGGGCGGGCAGGGGGGAGGGGAGCGGCUGGGGGGGCGGAGGGGCUCUUGCCGCCACUGCUCUCUCGCCGCCUCUCCCCCCCGGCGGGAGCCGCUCUCAGCCGCUUUGCACUAGUCGCUCCGCUCUCUCGGUCAUGUGACCUUAACGUAACCGGACAGGAAAAGCCCCGCCGCCGCCGCCCGCCGCCGCGCCGGAGACACCGACCGCGGCGGCAGCAGCAAGCAGCAGCAGCAGCAGCAACGCGGGGCAGAGGCGGCGGCGGGGACAGUUAGGCCAGGCCGCCCGGCUCUGCCUCCCCUCUCACGCCCCGCCGCGGCCGCCCGCACCGGCGACAGUGAAUGCGUCCGCCUGAAGCCCACUGACAUACAGCCUGACAUAUUCAGCUAUCUGCUCCACCUGAUGUACACAGGGAAGAUGGCCCCACAGCUCAUCGACCCUGUGAGGCUAGAGCAAGGGAUCAAAUUCCUGCACGCAUACCCCCUCAUCCAGGAAGCCAGCCUUGCCAGCCAAGGCAGCUUUUCCCAUCCCGAGCAAGUCUUCCCUCUGGCCUCAUCCUUGUACGGCAUUCAGAUUGCAGACCAUCAGCUGAGACAAGCCACCAAGAUGAAUUUAGGGCCUGAGAAACUUGGACGGGAGCCUAGGCCACAGGCAUCCAGGAUGAACCAGGAGCCUGUACCAGAGACCUCGCAGCUGUCCCAGCUGACUUCAAACCUAGCCCAGGUGAAUCGGACAAAUAUAACUCCCGAAGACCCCCUGCAGACCUCGCUGUCACCUGAACUUGUCUCCACACCUGUGCCUCCCCCUCCUCCUGGGGAGGAGACCAACCUAGAGGCCUCUUCCUCUGACGAGCAGCCAUCAUCCCUUACGAUCGCCCACGUGAAGCCAAGCAUCAUGAAGAGGAAUGGAAGCUUCCCCAAGUACUAUGCCUGCCACCUGUGCGGCCGUCGCUUCACGCUGCGCAGCAGCCUGCGGGAGCACCUGCAGAUCCACACCGGGGUACCCUUCACUGCGGGCCCGCCAGGGGAAGGCCGUGGGCCCCUGUCUCUCUGCAGCAAUGCGGCCGACCUGGGCAAGGAUGCUCUGGAAGUACCGGAGGCGGGGAUGAUCAGCGACAGCGAGCUGCAGCACAUCUCCGACUCCCCCAUCAUCGAUGGGCAGCAACAGUCGGAGACCCCACCGCCCUCAGACAUUGCAGACAUCGACAACUUGGAGCAGGCAGACCAAGAGAGGGAAGUGAAGAGGCGCAAGUAUGAGUGCACGAUCUGCGGCCGCAAGUUCAUCCAGAAAAGCCACUGGCGUGAGCACAUGUACAUUCACACGGGCAAACCCUUCAAGUGCAGCACCUGUGACAAGAGCUUCUGUAGGGCCAACCAGGCCGCACGCCACGUGUGCCUCAACCAGAGCAUUGACACCUACACCAUGGUGGACAAGCAGACACUGGAGCUCUGCACGUUCGAGGAAGGCAGCCAGAUGGACAAUAUGCUGGUGCAGGCCAACAAGCCCUACAAGUGCAACCUGUGUGACAAGACGUUCUCCACACCCAAUGAGGUGGUCAAACACUCCUGCCAGAACCAGAACUCAGACGUGUUCGCCCUGGACGAGGGGCGGUCAGUCCUGCUUGGCAGUGGGGACUCAGAAGUAACUGAACCUGACCACCCUGUGUUAGCGUCCAUCAAAAAGGAACAGGAAACUGUGUUACUAGACUGAAUGUUACUUGUGUUUUUAAAAACUGUCAUUUUUUACAAAGAAUCUUCUCUAUUCGGGACAGUUUCUCCAUGGCAUGAUACAAAUGGGCCCCAGCUCUUUCCCGCCCCCUUCUCCCAGCCCCAUCUCUGUAAGGCUUUGUGCAUUAUAAUCCUGAACUAUAUUUACUUUAAUUCAGGGGAUAUUGGAAGGAUAAUGGUCAGUAGUACUUAUAAAGAAAUAGGUUUUGAGAAGUUUUAGAUUAUUGUAAAAACCUACUUGGAGUUAAUUAAGAGUAUAUAAUAAAACAACUAGAAUAUAAUUUGGUCAGCUAGAAUUAUGACUGUCCCUGGGUGAUAAGUCUUCCUUCUCACAGAAACAAAGUCAGAAAAUACAGCUUCUCAGAGAUAAAGCGGGCACUGCUAUGCAAAUCUGGAAGGUGUGGGAGACUUUAAACCCGAGAGAGAGAAUGUUUUUAAUCUUUGUCCUCUAGGUGUCUGAUUUCAGAAUGUAUCCUUUGAGAUUAUGUCCGGUUAAGGAAAAUCACUAGUUAAGAGAACUACUUUAACAAAUGCAAAAGAGUAAUAAUGUGACGGCAAUCUUCAUUUUUGGAUAAAACCUGACGGGCUAUGAAUUUGUCUGCGAGCGAACGCAUAUGGAUACUUGCUACAGGCAAGGGGAUUGGUGCGCAUGCCUUACCCCAUGGCUGGCCUUUUUCCAAGAAGAACAAGAAGAUGCUGUGUUUCGGUUCCUGACACACUUGUUUUAAAAUGAGAUUUGAAAACGUGAUCCUGUAGAAUGUCUUUCUGAACAACAAUGGCCAAUGGUGAGCUUGUGUGCUUGUGUGUGAGCCAGCUAGCCAACUGCCUGUAAAUCAGUUGUGCGCCCUGCAGUGACGCACCACACAAGGCAAGUUGUGAGCCAAAAGUAUAACUUUAAUGAGGGCUAAAGUUGAUGCUGCCUGGGCGCCAGGUGGGAUGGGAGCAGGAGGAUUAGGAGUUUGAGGCCAGCCUGGGCAAGACCUUGUCCAAAAAAUAAAAAAAUGCAAUGCCCAUAGUUCAUUGGUGACAUCUACUAAAGCAUCAAAAAUAACAAAUCAGGACACAAAAUCUUUUUGGAGGAAAAAUAAACACAAUUGAUUUUGUUGUAUAUCCUCCAGUUUUUGUUAACACCUGAAAUUUUCCCCAGUGGCCUAACAGCAUGAAAAGCUGUCCAUUAAUCUUCCCUUGGGCCAAUAAGAAAGUGGUCUCCCAGGAUGCAACGGAGCCAGAAGUGAGGACUAAGGGGCAGGGUGAGGGUAGUGCAUAGCUAUACCCUACGUGUAUGUUAGAAACUGAAUAUCCCACCAUCCUCUUAUAUGUAUAGUUGAGUUCUAAGAUUUGUAAGUUUUUAUACAUCCUUUCAUUGAAUAAACAUUUAAGUAAAUGGG